AUGACUAUCAGCCAUCAGACCGAUGUCCUUAUUGUUGGUGGUGGGCCAGUAGGUCUACUCGUCGCCUACGGUUUGGCUAGACAAGGCGUCAACUCCAUCGUUGUGGAACAACAUGACAAGGACCACCAAGCAAUGUACGGCCGCGCAACCACUCUGUAUCCUCGCACGCUGGAAAUGCUCGACCAGCUUGAGCUCCUGGACGAGCUGAAUCAGAUCGGAUACAUUGGUCGCAACAGCGUAACUUAUAAAGACGGCAAACGAGUAGCUUCGCGUGGCUGGCAUGUGAUGUUUGAGCGUAUGCACGGGACUUUCCUGGACUACUGCCUGAACAUUCGCCAAAAGUUUUCCGAGACUGUUAUUUGUGAGGCCUAUACGAAAGCUGGAGGCAAGCCGUUCAUUGGUUGGAAGCUUGAGAACUUCGCCAUCGACUCGGCGAAGGAGGGCGACUUCAAGGUCACCUCGCACAUUCGUCGCGUUAACGCUGAUGAGGCCUUGACAAUUCAAAGCAAAUACAUCGUGGGCGCUGACGGAGGCCAUUCUCUCGUGAGACGUCUCGCAGAGAUUCCUGCCCAUGGUGACCGUACCAACUACAAAUGGGUUCGCAUCGACGGACAUUUCAAGACGAACAUGCCCGAUGACGAUUUGGGCUUUGCCUCGAUCGAAUCCAAGAACCAUGGCAACGUAUUGUGGGUCCAGUUGGACCAUGGAGUCAAGCGCAUUGGCUUUGCGAUGACAGAAGAGAUGCUCGCCAAAUACGGGGACCACCUUACCGAAGAGCAAGCCGUCGCGGAGGCAGUGAAGUCGAUGGAGCCAUUCACUUUGGAAGUUGAGAAGGUAGAAUGGUGGACGUUGUACAGCAUCAACCAACGGGUAGCUGAUAGCUUCUUCGCUAAAGACCGCCUCUUGCUCGCUGGAGAUGCUUGCCACACCCACUCCUCCGGAGCCGCCCAAGGAAUGAACACGGGCGUCCACGACGCAGUCAACCUGGCCUGGAAGCUAGGAGGUGUGGUGAAGGGCUGGUACUCUCCUGAGGUUCUUCAGACGUACGAAGAUGAACGCCGACCAGCUGCCCAGCACCUUAUUGAGCUUGACAAGGCGUUUUCGGCAACUAUCUCGGGUACCGUUCCAGACCUUUAUAAGGGCACGUCCCUCGACGCCAACGAAUUGUUUACCAAACUCUUUGAUGAUACCAUUCUUUUCAAUCUCGGCCUCGGUAUCAACUAUGAAGAGAACAUCAUUAACAGAGCCCCUUCUACCGGUAUGAUUUCAGCCGGCCGCCGCGGACCUGAUGCUCUGGUCUUUGCGCCUGGGUCUCGGGUUCCCGUCCGGCUUCACCAUGUAACCAUAAACACUGGCCAAUGGAACAUUCUUGUUUUUGCUGGACAGCCUGCUAUCACUCAUGAAAGCCUGUCUGCUUCAAUUGCAAAGUUGAUUGAGCUUCAAACUGUCCUCCCUCAGGGUAUGGUUCGUUUCAUCACCUUGAUUGCGGGAUUUUCCGAUGGUGGAAACAGGGGUUUUGGAACACCUCGAAUCGGGAAGAUGUACUACGACCAGGACCGAAGUGCCCACGAGAAGUAUACCAUCUCGACAGCCAAUGGCGCCGUUGUUGUUCUCCGACCGGAUGGUCUUCUGAGUUACGCUACCUCGUUGGAGAACACGAGCAGCAUCGGAGAUUUCUUCGCUGGGUUUGCUUUCUCAGCCUAA